AUGGGCGCCGCGGACGGGCCCCAGGCCGGCCGCAGGAGGGUCGUGUCUCUGCUUCCGUCCGCGACCGACGCGCUCGAGGCCCUCGGGUGCGCGGAGCUGCUCGUCGGGCGCAGCCACGAGUGCGACCACGCGUUGCCUUGCAUCGCAGCCGCCACGCCCAUCACGAGCCCGAAGGCGUCCACGGACGACACCCCGUCGUUCAAGGAGCUCGACGCCAUCUUCUCGGCCUCGAAGGCCGCGGUUGCCGGCGCGGCGCUCCUCGCCGGGGACAUGGUGUCGUGGCUGCACCUAGGUCUCGCCGUGUUCCGCGUGGACCUGCGCGCGCUCGCCGAGCUCCGGCCGGACGUCGUCCUCACGCAGGUGCAGGGCUUGCCCGCCAUCGGCGACGGCGCCGCAGCAGGUGACGCUGGCGCGGCGCGCGCGGAGGCGAUCGGUGCGGUGGAGGCGGCGUUGGAGGAGCUGGUGGGGAAGCAUGUGCGCGUGGUGCACCUCGAGGCAGACACCCUCGACGAGGCCAUGCAGGACGUGCGCCAGGUGGCGGGCGCGCUGGGGCUGGGGGAGAAGGGCGAGGAGUGCGUGAAGCGGAUACGGAGGCGCAUGGACGCGGCGGCCGAGAUGGCGCGCGGGCGCGCGGGUCUGCGCGUCGCGUGCAUCCAGUGGCCCGACCCGCUGUACGCGGCGCUGUCGUGGGUGCCCGAACUCAUCCGCCUGGCGGGGGGCAAGGACGUGCUGGAGGCCAAGGCGCGGACGGCGUUCGGGAGCGUGUCGGCGUCCGACGUGGCGCAGGCGGACCCGGAGGUGAUCGUCGUCGCGGUGUGCGGGCUGUCGCGGCAGAAGUGCGCGGCGGUGGGGAAGACGCUGCUGGAGCGGUUCGGGCGGGAGUGGCGGGAGACGGCCGCGGUGAAGAACCGCCGCGUCGUGGCCGUGGACGCGGUGCGCCUGUUCAGCCGCCCCGGGCCGCUGCUCGCGGACACGCUGGAGGCGCUGUGCGAGAUCUUCCACAGCACGUUCGGGGAGAUGCAGCCGUUCGGGCACGGGGAGCGGUGGCAGGUGCUGCUAUGA